AUGGAAUUACCAAUUAUUAGCCGUUUAAAUUUUCAUGAUUAUUUAACAUUGAUAACUGGAUUAUUUUUAUUAAUGUUUGAAAGUUUACUUAGGGUGGUUACAUUUUGUUUGCCAGGAUUUGCCUUGAAUUUUUUUAGAGCAGAAAGUCAAAAGGCGUUUUCAAUGCUAUACAAAGAUGAAAGAUCAGGACCAGCAAAAAUUCUUCAAAAUUUAAACACAUUUCAAGAAAUGGCCGAAUUUUGGGGUUAUCGUACUGAGGAGCACAUUGUUAAAACUCAUGAUAAUUACAUCCUUGGGAUUCAUCGGAUACCAACAAGGAAAGUUGGGCUCGACGACGAUGAUUCUUAUAAUGAAUAUAUGCAAAGAGUAUUCAAAAAUUGUGGAAUUAAUAUUUUAACAAUUAGAGAAACUAGUCAUGCAAAAUGUAAACCGGUAGUAUUAUUAUAUCAUGGGUUUAUGAUGUGUAGUGAAGUGUGGAUGUGUAAUUUGGAAGAGGAAUGCAGAUUAGCAUGUUUGUUGGCUGAUGCUGGUUAUGAUGUAUGGCUUGGUAAUGCACGUGGAAAUAAAUAUUCUAUGAAGCAUAUUAAAUAUAAACCAUACGAAAGAAGAUUUUGGGAAUAUUCUAUGGAUGAAUUUGCGUUAUUUGAUUUACCUGAUACGAUUGAUUAUAUUCUAGAGAUAACAGAAGCGCCAUCUUUAACAUAUAUUGGAUUUUCACAAGGAACCGCACAAUCAUUUGCAGCACUUUCUAUCAAUCCAAAAUUAAAUAAAAAAGUCAAUUUAUUUGUUGCGUUAGCUCCUGCAACUAGAUUACAUAAUACAGUUGUUGACGCAUUUAUUAAAGCUUCACCCAACAUUAUCUAUUUAUUUUUUGGUCGAAGAGCAUUUUUGAGUGUUACAUUGUUUUGGCAAAGGGUUUUAUCGCCUCCGAUAUUUACCAAACUACUUGAUAUAUGUAUGAAUUUUCUAUUUGGAUGGAAUGGAAAUAAUAUAAGCGAAGAACAAAAGGCUGUCUCGUAUUAUCAUUUAUACACUUUUACUAGUCAUUGGUUUCAAAUUAUUCGUGCCAACAUUUUUCAAAUGUAUGAUGAAAUACCACCUUUGAUGUAUUCAACAGCUUUUACGGGACAUCGUUGUCAAUUAUUUCCAACAAAUCAAAUCAGUACACCGAUUGCAGUUUUUUAUGGCGGUAGUGAUAGUUUAGUUGAUAUUAAUGUAUUACUUAAACAAUUACCAAGACCUGAGGGAGGAGAGGGAGCGAAUGAAAUGGAAAAUUUUUUUUGUCUAGUUUAA